UGUCUUACUUAUUUUUAUUUAUUUUUUUUGGGAGAAUAAAUUUACAUCGAAUUCAAUAUAAAAUAGAAAUAGAAUAAAAUAAUAUUUCAAUUUAUUCUGUAACAAAAUAUGAAUUGAAGCAUAUUUUAGUACGAUAGAAAAAGACAACGUUAAAAAAUAGAAAAAUGGAACUAAAUAAUAAAGACUUGAUUAGUGAUACAGUCACAGGUGACAAAGAAGUUUCAUUACAAAUAAAGAAACCAAAAAAAAUAUUACAUUUUUGUGAUGGAACACUUGAAGAAUUCUCUGAUGAUGAGGAUGAUAUUGAUGGAUCUGUAGCAGGAACAGAAGAAAAUGGUUCGCAAAAUGAGCAGGCUAGCAUAGAUGAGAAAAAUUUGCCAUGGAUUCCCUGGUUAAAAGUAAAAUCAUGGAAAACUGGAACAUCAGCUUUAGCUGGAAUUGAUUAUGUUGGAAGUAUAUUAGCUGAUUUUUUAGGAAUUACAACUCCAAAAUUUGCAUUAGAAUAUGAAGCUUUUAAGCAAAAUCAAAAUGAGAAAGCUGAAAUUGAAAAAGAAAAAUUAGAAAAUGCAUCAUGGCAAGAAAAUCAAAAUAAUUCAAAUGAAAUUAUAAGUACUGAUUUAAAAAGCGAUUCAUCUAUACGUUUUUAAUAAAUGUACUUGAGCGCUUUACUUAAACGUAUUAUAAAAUAUCGAUAAAAAAAUAUCUAAUAAUGUAAAAUGUGAUGUUUUUGUACACAUAAAAAUAAAUAAUAUAUUUAAUUAUAUUUUUGUUAGUUGGCUUUAAUUUAUUAUAAUAUAUUUUUCAAUAAAGUAUAAAAAAUUUU